AGCUUCAUCAAUGAUCAAACCCACAAAGUCUAAGACCCCAAACCCCAUCUAACAAUCACACAGUAAUACGUCACUACUUUUUCUUCUCUUUAAAACGGUGCGCUUAAUUCCACAAUAUUACUGUUCUUUUUCAAAUUUCCUUGUCCAUUUCUUUGAGGGAAAAUGCGACGGAGAACGGAAAUCUCGUCGGAAAAACCGAGUUCAGCGAGUCAAGAACCGAGUUUGGAAUCCGAAAUUGAUCAGAAAGAUGCGGGAGCGAAAGUUCGUGUAAAUAGCCCCCGGAGAUCACCGUUCGUGUUUCUGACCUUGUUCGCGUUGAUCGUGUACAGCUCUUGGUCCGUGUAUCAGCACCAGUUCCAGAACUUGCCGGCGCCGCUCACCGCAGAGAAGGCCGGCAAAAGAGGCUUUUCCGAAAUCGAAACGUUGAAGCACGUCCAAGCCUUGACCGAUUUAGGUCCUCAUUCCGUCGGUUCCGAUGCUCUCGACCUCGCUUUUGAGUAUGUUUUGGAAGCGGCUAAGAAUAUCAAGGAAAAGGCGCACUGGGAGGUCGAUGUUGAUGUGGAGGCUUUUCAUGUACGAUCUGGCGCGAACCAGAUGGCCGGUGGCUUGUUUAUGGGGAAAACGCUACUGUAUUCGGAUCUAAACCACGUCGUUUUGAGAAUUUUGCCAAAAUUUGAAUCCGAAGCAGCACAAAAUGCUAUUCUGGUCUCUUCUCAUAUUGAUACCGUGUUCUCCACGGGAGGAGCCGGAGAUUGCAGUUCAUGUAUAGCUGUUAUGUUGGAACUUGCUCGAGGGUUUUCUCAGUGGGCUGGGUUUAAGCAUGCUGUUAUAUUUCUAUUUAAUACUGGGGAGGAGGAGGGUCUAAAUGGUGCUCAUAGCUUUGUAACUCAGCACCCCUGGAAUGAAACUCUCCGUAUGGCUAUUGAUUUGGAGGCCAUGGGUAUUGGAGGGAAGUCUGGCAUAUUUCAGGCUGGUCCUCAUCCUUGGGCUAUUGAAAACUUUGCGUCGGUAGCUAAAUAUCCAUCUGGCCAAAUCAUAGCACAGGAUCUUUUUCUUUCUGGAGCCAUAAAAUCUGCAACAGAUUUCCAAGUAUACAAAGAGGUUGCUGGCCUUUCAGGGCUUGACUUUGCAUACACAGAUAACAGUGCAGUAUACCACACCAAGAAUGACAAAUUAGAGCUUCUGAAACCAGGGUCUCUUCAACAUCUUGGAGAAAAUAUGCUAUCUUUUCUGAUUCACUCUGCUGCAUCCCCUCAUCUUCCUAAAGGCAAUGCAAUGGAACAAGAGGAAAAUAAAGGCCAGAAUGCUGCCAUAUAUUUUGACAUUUUGGGGAUAUAUAUGGUUGUAUUCAGCCAAAAUUUCGCAAAUAUGCUUUACAAUUCAGUAAUAAUACAAUCACUUCUCAUUUGGAUUGCAUCAUUGCUUAUGGGUGGUUAUCCUGCCGCAGUUUCAUUGGCCCUGUCAUGUUUGAGCAUUAUCCUUAUGUGGAUAUUGGCAUUAGGUUUUUCUGUACUCGUUGCAUUUAUUCUUCCCUUAGUCUCUUCAUCACCACUGCCCUAUGUCGCAAACCCAUGGUUGGUAGUUGGGUUAUUUGCUGCACCUGCUCUUCUUGGCGCAUUGACUGGUCAACACUUGGGUUAUCUUUUUCUUCAAACUUAUUUGUCCACUGUAUAUUCCAAGAGAAAGCUACUGUCACCUGCAAUUCAAGCUGACUUGAUCAAGUUAGAGUCUGAAAGAUGGAUUUAUAAAGCUGGAUCUGUUCAGUGGCUCAUUCUUCUUGUAAUGGGAAACUAUUAUAAAAUUGGGUCGUCUUAUUUGGCUCUUGUUUGGCUGGUUCUACCAACAUUUGCUUAUGGCUUGCUUGAGGCGACUCUAAGUCCAGCCCGUUUACCAAAGCCACUCAAACUUGCAACAUUGCUGAUGGGCCUAGCUGUACCAAUUUUAAUUUCUGCUGGCAUUUUUAUUCAGUUGGCUGGCACAGUAAUUGGGAAUAUGGUUCGAUUUGAUAGGAAUCCUGGUAGCACACCCGAGUGGUUGGGGAAUGUAAUAAUUGCUGCCUUUAUUGCUGCUGUCAUAUGCCUGACUUUGGUGUAUCUUCUUUCGUAUGUCCAUAUUUCAGGUGCAAAAAGAUCAAUUGUCCUUGCAACUUGCUUACUGUUUGGCCUCUCAUUCACUGCAGUAUUCUUGGGUAUUGUUCCAACAUUUACUGAAGACACUGCCAGAUCUGUAAACGUUGUUCAUGUUGUAGAUACAACUGGAACAUUUGAGGGAAAACGAGACAUUAGCUCAUAUGUAUCUUUGUUUUCUACAACUCCUGGAAAGUUGAACAAGGAGGUUGAACAGAUUAAAGAAGGUUUGAAUUGUGGUAGAGAUAAAGUAGUUGAUUUUGUUGCCUUUUCAGUCAAAUAUGGUUGUUGGACCUAUGAUGACACUGAAGAUGGGUGGAGCGAAUCAGAUAUUCCCCUGCUUCAUGUCUAUAGUGAUGUUAAGAAGAAAGCAAGAAUAACAAGAGUUUCAGUUGAUACUAAAGGUUCGAUUCGUUGGGUUCUUGCAGUCAAUACUGAGGAAAUAGAAGAUUUCAGUUUUGAAGUCUUGAAUGCAGAUAAUUCAGAGGAGUUAGUUCAAUCUGGUGUCAAGAGCAGUGUAGAUGGAUGGCACAUUAUUCAAUUUUCGGGUGGGAAGCAUUCACCUACAAUAUUUAAUCUAACUCUUAUCUGGAAGUCAGAAUUUAUGCAAUCGGCUCACAAUGUGGAUGGGCAGAGAGGUGAACAGCGACCCCUUCUGAAGCUGAGAACCGAUUGGAACAGGUUAACACCAAAAACUGAAAUGGUUCUUGAAAAGCUUCCUUCUUGGUGUUCCCUCUUUGGCAAGUCCACGUCUCCCCACACCUUAGCUUUUCUAACUAGUCUUCCUGUUGAUUUCUAAGGAUCUGAAAUUCCAUCUUCGGGUGCAGUUGUACUAGAUAUUGUCCUUUUGGGAAAUGAUAUUCCCAAGCCAUGUUUGCAUUCUUCCAUACCAUCAUGUUAAUGGAUCUCUCCAUGUGAAACAUGGUGGGAAAGAAUACAAAAUUGAGUGCAAAAAUAACGCUACCCUAUACAGUACACUUGAUCUGAAUAAAAACUGUCAGGGCAAAAAGAGGUGGGAAAAGAGAUCAUUCCGUUUUUUCAGAUAAUUUAUAAAUAGAUGGAAGAGGUUAAUGUGAGUUUUUCUUUGUAAUGUCAAAUUUUCCUAUGGUUGAUUAAUGGCUUUCAAUUGUGAA